AUGACAGCAUUGACAGCAUUAGCGCAAGAUUUUGAUCGGUUGGCGGUCUGCCGUACUCUGUUUGGUUUAUUUGAAGGAGGCACUUACCCUGCCAUCUUGCUGACUUUCAACACUAUGUAUCGACGUAGUGAGCAAUCAGCGGCUUUGGGGUUUGUGUUUCUUAGUAAUGCUGUAAGUUCCGUUGUGGGUACUGCUGCGUUUGUCGGCAUUGCCAAGAUGGGCAGCUCUCAUGUCGAUUGUCCCAACUAUUGGCUAUUGCGAAUCACACAAGAAGAAGAAACCAUCAUGCAAGAACGCACAAAGGACAACGCUGUGGUAAGAAUAUCCACUAUUGAAUAG